AUGAAACUUUUGCCAUUUUGCUCCUGGCUCGCAUGCCUUCUCAUUUGCAUCAUGUGCUUGGGAUAUGCGUGCGGGACCAAAAGGCGAGAUGGGAGAGCCAGCAGAGACUUGGUGCGCAUUAGGGAAGCUACUGCUACCUCCUCUGGAGCCUGUGCCACUCGCUUGCCGCGGGGCAAACGCUCCUUGCCCGGGAUGAAUCGGCGCUCUCCUCGCCGGUAUCCCCGGUCCUCUCAUGCGGAGAAGAGCCCACCGGGGCGGCUGAAGGCUGUUUACUUUGCCGGCAGAAGUGAUCAGCUGCGUCUGAAGCCCAGCGUGGAGGUGCCGAGGGGGAAUUUCACUCUGGAAAUGUGGAUCAAACCCGAGGGUGGGCAACGGUCGCCAGCUCACAAGCAGGGCGACGGAGUGUGUGACCCCGAGUGCAACUCGGAGAACUUCUACUACGACUACGACGACUGCUGCAACCCCAACGUCACAGACGUCACAAAGACCUGCUUCAACCCCGCCUCACCUCUCAGGGCAUACAUGGAUGUGAAGGAGCUAAAGGAGGCUCUAAAUCUGGAUGGCUCCGCCCACCUGAACAUCUUCUUUGCCAAUUCAUCUGACGAGGAUUUGGCAGGAGCUGCCACCUGGCCCUGGGACAAAGAGGCCCUCACACACUUAGGCGGGAUGGUGCUGAACCCAUGGUUCUACGGCACGUUUGGCCACACCCACACCAUGGUGCACGAGGUGGGCCACAGCCUGGGCCUGUACCACGUGUUCCGUGGCGUCUCCGAGGUGGAGUCCUGCAACGACGGUUGCCUAGAGACCGAGGCCUCCAUGGAGACGGGCGACCUGUGCGCCGACACCCGGCCCACACCCAAACACAAGCACUGCAGUGACCCCGCACCCGGCAACGAAACCUGCGGCCGGCGACACUUCACACACACACCCUUCAACAACUACAUGAGCUACGCAGAUGAUGACUGCACCGACUCCUUCACGCCUAACCAGGUGGCGCGGAUGCACUGCUAUCUGGACCUGGUCUACCAGACGUGGCGCUCGGACACUCGACCUGCGCCUGUUGCCAUGGCGCCCGGCCUGCUGGACGAGUCACAUGACUCCCUCACACUCGAGUGGUUCCCUCCAAUCACUGGACAGUUCUUUGACAGAGAAGUGGGAUCAGGUGUGUGUGCGUGGUGCACGGAGGGCCAUGUGCUGCAGCAGUUCGCCUCCAAUGCCUCCUCCCCACGACCCUGCGCCCCAUCUGGACACUGGAGCCCCCGAGAGGCUGAGGGCCCGCCGGACGUGGAGCAGGUGUGUGAGCCGAGCGUGCUCACCUGGAGUCCGAGCGCAGGGCAGGACGUGGGCAGUGUGGGCGUGGCCUCUUGCCCUCCGCAGGGCUGCAUGCUGCAGCUGGAGUUCCGCCACGCGCUGCCCGCCGACGCCCUGACCCUCUGGGUCACCUACUUCUCGCCCGAGGAGACCGCCGCGCUGCCCGCCAUCCACAACGUGCUGCUGCUGACCACGGCGGGCGGCCGCAACCUGUCGCUCGGCCCGCAGGACGUCUUCUGCGACGCGCCGCUGACCCUCAAGCUGCCCAGGGCGGUCCGCGACGGCCUCGAGGACAUCUACGCCGUGCAGGUGUUCACCAUGGAGCAGCACCUGGAGAUCGACGGCGUCAUGAUGGCCUCGGGCCCCGAUUGCCCGCUGUGCCGCGCCUGCCGACCGCUACGCUACCGGCUGCUCCGCCAACCGCCCUUCAGCCACGCCCCGCACGGGGUACUCGUGGAGGACGGCAACCGGAGAUACGUGGACAGAGAUGUGGAGUCUGGUGUGUUGUACACGUAUCGGGUGCAGACGGUGUCUCGGGGGGGAGAGAGUGAACCGUCUCCUCCACUCACACACCAGCUGGGGAACCCUUACUGCGGAGACGGACGCAUUCAGAGACACACAGGUGAAGAGUGUGAUGACAUGAACUUAGCUGAUGGAGACGGAUGCUCCAAUGAGUGCAAAAAGGAGCCGCUGUUCAACUGUGUGGAUGAGCCCAGCCUGUGUUAUUUCUAUGAGGGCGAUGGUGUGUGUGAGGACUUCGAGCGGGAGAUGAGUGUGAGGGACUGCGGCCUAUUCACACCCAGUGGCUUCCUAGACCAGUGGGCCACCGAGGUGCAGGCCUCACACACACACACGCACUGCCCCGCAGAGUCCGCUGUGGGAUACCCUGCCAUCACCAAGAGCUGCCAGUCAAAGGUGUUCCAGGGAGACCUGUCCAGCGGAGUGUCUCAAUACGCCUGGUUCCCGUGCCAACAGGCCCACAAGAACACACGCAACACACACUACUGGCUCAAGGCCAUUUAUUCGCACCCGAUGGUGGCUACAGCGGUCAUCGUCCACUUGGCUGCGGACGGAACUGGCUAUGUGGACCAGACACAGUGCAACAUCACCGUCCAGCUCAUCGACACCAAGAACCAAACGCACAGCCUGGGUGACUGGGGCCUGAGCUGCAGAAGUAACCCUCUGGUCAUCCCUGUGAGCCAUGACCUCAGCACGCCGUUCUUCCGCACGCGCGCCAUCCUGCUGCGAUUCCGCUCCCCCCUGCUGGCCGUGUCCGGCGUCGGCCUGCGCUCGUUCCAGUACUUCGACCCCAUCACCAUCAGCGGUUGCCAGAGCAACGAGAUCUACAACCCCAUGGGUCAAAGCUGCGUCCACUACUCCUGUGAUGCCAUCGACUGCCAGGAGCCCGUGGUGCAUGACGCCAGCAUAAGCUGCAGCAGCCCUGGCUACUUUAAUGGUGCGCGCUGCACUGUCAUCUGUAACCGUGGAUACACACUCAAGAUUCACAGGGACGACGACAUCAUCAAGACACAGUCGGACUCUACGGCGACGCUCACCUGUGCUGACGGCAAGUGGAACAAGCAGGUGUCGUGCGAGCCCGUGGACUGCGGCCGGCCGGAUAAGUACCACGUGCACCCUGCCCACUUCCUCUUCCCCCAGGGCACCACCUACGGCAGCACCGCCACCUUCACCUGCCGCCCCCCAGCACAGCUCGUAGGCUCUGAUAAUGUCCUGACGUGCCUGGAGGACGGCAUGUGGUCAUUCCCUGAGGCUCUGUGUGAGCUGCGCUGUCCGGCGCCCCCUCCUGUUCCCCAUGCGGUACUGCAGAGCAAGCGCUGCAAUGCCACUGGCCUCAAGGUCGGCUCCUUCUGCAAGUACAAGUGUCUGCCAGGAUACCACGUUCCCAACACCAGCAAGCCCAGGAGGCGGGCGUUUAAGCUGCAGUGUACGGAGGAGGGCAGUUGGCAGGACGGCGCGUGUGUGCCAGUCACCUGUGAGGCUCCUCCCCCCGUGUUCCACGGCUCGUACCAGUGCACCCACGGCUUCCAGUUCAACAGCGACUGCCGGCUCAGCUGCCCAGCCCAUGCCCACCCGGCCCACAGUGCCAGCCAUGCCACCCUCACGGUGAGAGCCUCUGGACGCUGCCCGCAGGGUUCCGUGUCCACCGUGAUCCGCUGCAGAAAGGAUGGGAACUGGACGGGUUCCUUCCAGCUGUGUCCUCACCUCACUGGGCAGUGCGCUCUCCCCCAGAACACCAGAACCGGCCUGCACCUGACCUGCAGGGACGGACACGGCGUAGGAAAGGAGUGUGAGCUGGCGUGCAGAGAUGAGAACAAUAAUGUGGUCGUCCUGCCAAGAAACAUGUCCACUGAUGACCUCAUGCGAGACCACUGGAGGAACCCCCCCAAAGCCAAGACUAUCGUUUGUACUAUGGGACUGAAGUGGUACCCAGACCCCGAGUCCCUGCACUGCAUCAAAGGAUGUGAGCCGUUCAUGGGUGAUAAUUACUGUGAUGCCAUCAACAACAGAGCCUUCUGCAGCUACGAUGGAGGAGACUGCUGUCACUCAACAGUCAAAACCAAAAAGGUAAUCCCGUUCCCCAUGUCAUGUGACCUGCGGGAGGACUGUGCAUGCAGAGACCCCAGGGCUCAGGAGAACAGCGACGGCCAUCGCCAGCGUCACCUCGGCUGACCCGCUGGAUUGGACCUCCCCCCUCCACAAACUCUGACCCCCCCAACCCCAAACGAGCUGCUUUUAAAAGGACCCAUCCACUCAUACCCCCCCAUCAUGACCCUCUCUGACCCAGGCACAUGGGAGUGGAACACUACCAAACACAGAGAUGUUUCUUUACUUCUCCCUCUUUCUCUCUCCAUGUCUCUCUCUCUUUCUCUCUCUCUUUCUCUCUCCAUGUCUCUCUCUCUUUCUCUCUCUCUUUCUCCAUGUCUCUCUCUCACUCUCUCUCUCUUUCUCUCUCCAUGUCUCUCUCUCUCUCUCUUUCUCUCUCUCUAAGCAGAGGUAUUUUUAUAAGUGUGCAAAAACGCACACACACUCACACUCACUCACACACUCACUCACACACACACACA